CUCGCCUCAGGCUGAGCGCUCUCCAGCCGGCCCGCCCUAGUCCGCCCCCGCGCGUCGUAUUUGUCGCCGCCGCCUGGCCAGCCGAGCCCUUCUGUGACUCGGGAAAGCAAAGCGGAGGGGCCAGCCAGCGGCAGGGCAGCCAUGGAGGCAGCGGUGCGGAGGCGGCAGCACCCUGGAGCAGCGGGCGGCCAGGGCGCGCAGCCGGGCGCCUCCUUCCUGCAAGCCAGGCACAGCUCUGUCAAGGCUGACGAGGCCACCGGCACAGCUCCCUUCCACCUUGACCUCUGGUUCUACUUCACCCUGCAGAACUGGGUUCUGGACUUUGGCCGCCCAAUUGCCAUGCUGGUGUUCCCUCUCGAAUGGUUUCCGCUCAACAAGCCCAGCGUGGGGGACUACUUCCACAUGGCCUACAACAUCAUCACGCCCUUUCUCCUGCUCAAGCUCAUCGAGCGGUCACCCCGCACCCUGCCGCGCUCCAUGAUCUAUGUCAGCAUCAUCACCUUCAUCAUGGGCGCCAGCAUCCACCUGGUGGGCGACUCAGUGAACCACCGCCUGCUCUUCAGCGGCUACCAGCACCACCUGUCUGUCCGUGAGAACCCCAUCAUCAAGAAUCUCAAACCUGAGACGCUGAUCGACUCCUUUGAGCUGCUCUACUACUACGACGAGUACCUGGGCCACUCCAUGUGGUACAUCCCCUUCUUCCUCAUCCUCUUCAUGUACUUCAGUGGCUGUUUCACUCCCACCAAAGCCAAGAGCUCGAUGCCAGGGGCAGCCCUGCUCCUGGUGGUGCCCAGUGGCCUGUACUACUGGUACCUGGUCACCGAGGGCCAGAUCUUCAUCCUCUUCAUCUUCACCUUCUUUGCCAUGCUGGCCCUCGUCCUGCACCAGAAGCGCAAGCGCCUCUUCCUAGACAGUAACGGCCUCUUCCUCUUCUACUCCUUUGCCCUCACCCUCCUGCUUGUGGCCCUCUGGGUCGCCUGGCUAUGGAAUGACCCUGUGCUCAGGAAGAAGUACCCUGGCGUCAUCUACGUCCCUGAGCCCUGGGCCUUCUACACCCUCCACAUCAGCAGCCAACACUGAGUCCCUGGCAUCAGCCUCUGAUGUUCUGUCGGAUGGGAGAUAGGCCAUAGAGGGUAUCUGAGCAUGGGGUGUGUGUGCGCGUGCAAUGUGUGUGCACAUGUGCAUGUCCAGUCACGUGUGUGCAGCCCCUGACUGAGAACAUGGGUGAGAAUAUGCAUUGUGCACAGAUUGUGUGUGUGUGUGUGUGUGUGUGUGUGUGUGUGUACACGUGUACAUGUGUGCACGGGGUGCAUCACCAGGUGUCUCAAUUGUUCUGGUCAAAUUUGUUUUGGAUCUUUUCAGGAUGGAGCUUAGUUUUAGGCAGUGUGUCUUGGCCAAGAUAGGGGCGCUGCCUUCCUGUGCACCUGACUGGAGUCGGGGCCCCUCUCACUCUCACUGCUCAGGGCUGGUCCCUUCUUCUUGGGAAGUCCUCCGGUAGCCAUGCAGGAGAGGCCUGGGAGGGGCAGAGUCAGGAGGCGACUUGGCCACCACCUGGCCCAUGCCUCAGACCCGCCCUGAUUACAUAGGUUACAUGAACCUUCUGUGUAUCACUGAGCAAAGCAUGUCCCUUCUCUGGGACUCAUUUGUACUAGAUGUGUCCAGAGUCCCAAAGUAGGUCAGUGGGGUGGACCAGAUAACCCCUCAGAAGCCCUCUGCAGUCUUCUCUUGGGGCAGCCUGAGGAUGAAUGAGUAGUUCUAUCCUGUCAGUGCUCUCUCCUACCCUGGGAGGGGUAGUUGCACCCCAGACCCUCACCCCUAUCUCAGGCUGCAUGGGGCAUUGAGCCACCCAACCCCAAGGAUCCAGAGGCCAGCCCCUUCCCUAACCACCAGCCUGACCUUAGGAGUCUGGCUACAGUAGCUCUCCCUCCAGGAGAAUUGUGGCACCCUCUCCAUGUCAGCCUGACUGCAGGUUUUGGAGCUGCAGCUGAAGACGGUUCUCAAACUCUUGCACUAGCCCCUGAGCCCCUUUGGGUUGUGGGGAGGAGUACUGAGGCUCUCUCCAGUUGGCCUGUCUCAGUCCGAAUCUCAUGCCUUCUGCCAGGUCCCUGCUCCCAGAAAAGGGAGGCCUUGUUCCCAGCAGGAUGUCCACCCCCACCCCCCACCCUCUGCCUUCUACCAGGCACUGGGGCCAGGUCUCGUCACACAGCUGCGGGCACCACAGCCUCACUGUCAGCCAGCGCUGGCCCGGCCCACAUGAGCUCGUGGGUCUCGGGCCUGCCUUGCCUUCCCUGGGCACUGCUUCCUCUCCUGUGUUCUCAGGGAGCCCCAGGCCUCAGAUUCUCAUUUUAUGUUGGGGUCCCCAUGCAGGCCCCUUAGGGGACCCCCAACUCCUGGUCAGUCCCUGUCUGCCGGUGGCAUCAAGUGGUGAGGUGUGAAUAAAGGCAGUGGUGAAGUCAA